UCUGGAAAGGAAAAAAUCAGCAGAAGAGAGACAAGAAAAAGCAAAAAGAUAACUUGAGAUUUGGAGGUGAUGUUGAAAACACUCAGAAUGGAAGGCAAACUCCCAUGCCUCCUUCUGCUGCUGGGAGCAAUCGUGACUGCUCAAUGCCAGGGCUUACGCAUGCGUUUCAAACGGGGAGCCAGAUCUAGAGCCAUUUGCACAGACAAUUCAUCUGGAGAAAUUUACCAGCACAGGGGGACCUGGCUGAGGCUCUCAGGGAGCAGAAUAGAAUACUGUAGGUGUGACAGUGGUCGGAGUCGCUGCCACACUGUGCCUGUCAGAGCCUGCACUAGAAAUAAAUGCUACAACGGGGGCCAGUGUUCACAGGCAUAUUAUUCCCCACAGCUCUUCAUCUGCCAGUGCCGCCAAGGUUUCUCUGGGAAGCAGUGUGAAAUAGAUACUGAAGUUAAGUGCUACGAAGAUGCUGGAGUAACGUACAGGGGUACAUGGAGCAUGACAGAGAGCGGAACUGAAUGUUUAAAUUGGAAUAGCAAUGGCUUGAUGGACCGGAUGUACAGUGGCCGAAGAGAGGAUGCUGCUGAGCUGGGAUUGGGCAAUCACAACUAUUGCAGAAACCCAGAUGAGGAUUCCAGACCUUGGUGCUAUAUCUAUAGAGGGGGAAAGUACAUCUGGGAACACUGCAGUGUGCCUUCCUGUUCAAAAGUUGGGAACGUCAACUGCAAAUCUGGAAGAGGUACAGAUUACAGAGGCAGCCACAGUGUUACCAGUUCUGGAGCUACCUGUUUGAGGUGGAAUUCUCGAAUCCUUGUCAACAAGUUAUAUACUGCUUGGAGAAGAGAUGCUUACCAGCUGGGCCUUGGUAGUCACAAUUUCUGCCGGAAUCCUGACAAUGACAGCAAGCCCUGGUGCCAUGUACUGAAAGGAAAUCAGCUCACAUGGGAGUACUGCAAUGUGCCUACUUGCUCCACCUGUGGCUUACGGCAGCGCAGAGUACGCCAGUACAGGAUUAAAGGUGGCUCCUAUGCAGACAUUGCAGCUCACCCAUGGCAAGCUGCCAUCUUUGUGAAGUAUCGCCGAGCACCCGGAGAGCACUUCCUCUGUGGAGGAAUUCUGAUCAGUUCCUGCUGGGUUUUGUCAGCUGCUCACUGUUUUGAGGAAGGCUUUAGUACUAAUCAGCUGAAGAUUGUGCUGGGUAGGACUUCCCGAGCAACUCAUGAGGAAAAUGAACAAAAGUUUCAAGUGAAGAGCUACACUGUGCAUCAGAGAUUUGACUCAGAAAAUUUCAACAAUGAUAUCGCGUUGUUGCAGUUGAACUCAGAUGCAGAGGACUGUGCUAUUGAAACUGACACUGUCCGUGCUGCGUGCCUCCCAACACCAGAACUGCAGCUGCCUGACUGGACUGAAUGCGAGAUCUCUGGUUAUGGCAGAAAUGAAGAAUUUUCUCCAUUCUAUUCAGAGCACCUGAAGGAAGGCCAUGUCAGACUGUUUCCAGCGAGUCGGUGCACAACACUGCAUCUAGACAACCGGACAGUUACAGACAAUAUGUUGUGUGCAGGAGACACAAGGCACCUUGAUGAUGCCUGCAAGGGUGACUCUGGAGGGCCUCUGGUCUGUAUGAAGGACGAUCGCAUGUAUCUAAUUGGAAUCAUCAGCUGGGGAGUAGGCUGUGGCCGCAAAGACAUACCUGGUGUUUAUACAAAUGUGAAUCGUUAUCUUGACUGGAUUCAGGACAACAUGAAACCCUGAGAAAGAAAAAUGAACUCUUCACAAUCUUGUGGCCAUGCCCUUGCAGCUUCCUUCUGGGUGCUUUAAGGAUGCUGACAGGCUUCCCAUUUGUCCAGAUGCUUAUGACUUUCAGUACGAGAGGAAGAAAAAUGGCAAUGUGUGGGAAGGGCACAUUCCCAAAUUACUCUCCUUUCCUUACUACAGGUUAUCGGAAGCUAACACUCCUUUUCCCCACAUCCCCAAGCUUUCUCCUGGCAUCAAAUCACAUGAGUACAAUGAAAAAUAAAUUUUGGCCUGAGAGAAUAAACCAAGAGAGAACAUCAUGCAUCCCAUGAGCAGCUAUGUUGUUUUAGGAAUGGGUGUGAAUAGAAGGCAAAGGGGACAGAUUUAAUUUCCUGGGAACUUCAUCUCCCUCCUUCUUAUUUGGCUGUAAAUUUGGAAGACAUUCCAGUCAGGCUUAAGCUCUGUCCUUAUAGCAUUUUACUUUGGUUAUUUAAGCUGGUUCCAGCUUGACUUCAAUAAAAAGAGCAAAGCUGUA